CUCAAAGACUGCGUGGGCCUGCCUAAAAUAAAGAUGUGAAAUUGGAUUUGAAAUUGAAGUUUCCUUUGGUUUGAAAGGAGUAGAGUGGCAGAAGUUUGAGCUUUUUUGGAGUGGAAGGUUCCUGUUUCUGCAGCACCAGUUCAGCAAAGUCUGUUAUUUCUGCCAUUACGAUAUUGAGUUCAUAUUAAGAAAAGCUUGGAAUCUUCCUGAAGUUGUCUCAGAAGCUGACCAGCACAGAGGAAAGGUAUUGCCAGGCUUCUGAAGUGGUUAACCAAAGCUAAGAACAUAGGACACUGGUGCGUGAUGUCGAGCAGUGGGCAGUCCCCAAAGCCUUCCCCGCCGACUCGGAGCGUCAUGCGCCAGUAUGAGCAGUAAGAGAGAAAAGCGCGCCUCGGAGCUCAGCAUCCCCUCGAGAAAAAAGGAGGAACUGAGUGGAGAGGACGAAUGACUGUACUGCUUGCAAAACUUGCAGCGGUUCACUUUUUCUCCUGAGGAGUUUUGUCUUGGCUGCUGUGAGAGCUGGAAGAGCAAGCAGAGCUGCAGCAGUGAUUUCCUCGUGGUCCCCCUUCUCUGCUUUUAUUUAACUUUUUUCCCCCUCGUGCCCAGAGUUAAGACUGCCAUCUGCACUGUUUGCGAGCAGUGGACACCAAUAUGUGUCAUGUCAUUGUAACGUGUCGGUCAAUGCUAUGGACUCUCCUGAGCAUCGUUGUGGCUUUUGCGGAGCUCAUCGCUUUCAUGAGCGCGGACUGGCUGAUUGGCAAAGCCAAACCGGUCAGCACCGAGGACAUGGACAACAGAACGGGAGGGCCGCAGGAACCUUACCGCCCGACCCUGGGCAUCUACGGGCGCUGCACAAGGAUCUCUCACAUGCAGCUCUCCAGGCGAGAUACGCUUUGUGGCCCUUAUGCUGAAAACUUCAGUGAGAUUGCCAGUGGGUUCUGGCAGGCGACCGCUAUUUUCCUAGCUGUGGGAAUCCUGAUCCUCUGCGCCGUGGCGUUUGUGUCUGUCUUUACUAUGUGUGUGCAGAGUAUUAUGAAGAAAAGUAUUUUUAAUGUCUGUGGGCUGCUACAAGGGAUUGCAGGCCUCUUCCUUAUCUUAGGCUUGAUACUUUACCCUGCAGGUUGGGGAUGCCAGAAAGCAAUAAGCUAUUGUGGACAUUAUGCUUCUGCUUACAAACUGGGAGACUGCUCCUUGGGCUGGGCUUUCUACACGGCGAUUGGUGGCACUAUUCUGACGUUCAUCUGUGCAGUCUUCUCGGCGCAAGCUGAAAUCGCCACAUCCAGUGACAAAGUGCAAGAAGAAAUAGAGGAAGGAAAAAACCUCAUCUGCCUCCUUUAACUCCAGUGGGAAAAAAUACCAGUGCCUUGGAUAUUAAUUUGCUAUUCACUGG